AAAGCACCCGCCUGCCCCAUGGCAAAGCCACAAGCGAGCCCACCAUGGCCAACGUCCUGUACCCCUGCAUGCUCCUGGCCAUGCUGCUCCUGGCCGAGGCUGUGCCCAUGGAACAGGAGCGAGGGCUCGUCUUCAACUUGGACGCGGGGGAGCUGUGUCUGCAGAGCGCGCAGUGCAAGAGCCACUGCUGCCACCGCGACAGCGGCCUCAGCCUGGCCCGCUGCGCCCCGAAGGCGGCCGAGCUCCAGGAGUGCUCCAGGAAGAGCCUCUACGGGGUGUACUACAAGUGUCCCUGUGAGAGAGGCCUGUCCUGUGACGCCGACAUGUCCAUCGUGGGUGCCAUCACCAACAGCGACUUCGGCAUCUGCCAAGACCCUGCGGAAGCCCAGCAGUCGCGAUGAAGGAGAAGACCCCUAGUACCCCGCCCCUCCCCCCCCCCCCC